GGUAUCGAGCGGAGUCCUGAAAAAUGAGUGUACUGCACGAUUGUAUAAAAGUAUAAAAUUAUAAAACGCCUUAAACAGUAUUACGGUAAUCAUUUAUCAUUACCUUGUUAAUUAUAAUAGGUACGUAUGACUACCUCGUAAAAAUAUUUAAGUCUGAGUAAAUUCAAAUUAAUUACUUUUUCUUUAUGUUUAAUGUUUAUAUUUGAUUUUGUUUCUACUCAAUUCUCAAUAAUUACACUUCAGGUGAAGUUUCCAAAUUUAGUAUUACCAUUCAACCACACCCAUAGUAAUAUUAUCUUUAAAAAAUGGGCCUUUGUAAAUGUCCAAAGCGCAAAACUACGAGUCAUUUUUGUUUUCAUCAUUGUGUCAAUGUCUGUGAGCAUUGCAUCGUUAACAAUCAUACAACAUGUACAGUUAAAUCAUAUACCACCUGGUUGAAAGAAGCAAGUGGUAGCAUAUCGUCAUCAUCGGUUACAGCAGCUGCAUUAUGUGCUGUUUGUCAAAAGCAGUUUGUUUUAACAUCAAAAGAAGUUGACAACUCAGCAGUUCAUCUAAAUGGCCCUAGAAGUAACACUAAAAUUCCUAUACGGCUUUUAUGCUAUCAUGUAGUGCAUACACGGUGUUUAUCAUCUUAUGUUAAAAACCAAUUGAAAGAAGGAAACAUUUUGAAAUGUCCAUCAUGUGAUCGACAAUUGUGGAUACAACAACAAGAGCAAUCACAAGUUUCUGAUGACAACUCAGGAGUUGAUUCCAAUGAUUUAACACCUGUUGCAUCACUGUUAUACAAACAUUUAUUGGAUAAUGGCAGUUGGUGGGGCCAGGCAUUGAUUACAAAUGGAAAUGUAAAUGAUAUUGAGAAAUAUUUAAUUGAAGAUGAACUUCAUGAACUUGGAGAAGAAUCAGAUGAAGAAAUACAACAAUUUGAAAACCAAUCAACAUUAAAAAAUAAUACAUCUCAAAUAAAUAAUAUUGCAGACAAUACAUCUCCUAUCACACUAGCUGAAAAAAUGCAUUUGCCUGAUAGUAACAUUGGUUAUUACAAUCAUUAUGAAUUAACACAUACAGCACCAGAUGUAACAACUAUCAAUUACCGUAAUAAUACAAAUCAAAUAUAUCAACCAAUCCAUCAUCGACAUUUCAACAAUAACUAUGGUCAAGAUUCAGCAUUAACAUUUCAACAGCUACAGCAUCAACAACAACAACAACAACAAAAACAAUGUUCAUCUGUUAAUAUGACAACAAUUUCACAGAGUUCAGAUUUGAAUAAUAGACAUGUGAUAACGUCCAUUACUCCAUUACUUUUAAAUAAUGAUAAUAAUUUGAAUCAUGAUGAACAACAAGAUCCUAGUGGCAAAUACAGGCCUAAAAAGUUUAAUAAUCAAUCUUGGUCUUUAAGUUACCAACGGCUUUUGCAAUAUUUUCGUGGUACAAACAAUAAAGCAGAAGAUAAUAGUACUACAAGAAUUGCCACAAUAAUUAUUUUUUGUUUAUUAAUCAUUGUAGUUUUAUUAAUAGCUAUUACCAGUUAUACACGUUCCAAUAAUGAACCAUUUGAUAAUAACAGCAUAGAUUAUGCUGGAGAUGAUAUUGAAAAUAAUGGUGGUGGUGCAGCAACAAAUUUAAAAAGUUUCAAUGUUAACAACUUGUAACACUAAAUGUAACUUUGGUAAUAUUACUAAAAAUCUUAAUGUAUUGUUUCUGAUUAGUUUAAAAAUUAAUCUUAUUUUUGUUUAUGUGGCAAAUUAUUUUAAAAUCAUAUUUUAUUGUGAGAUUCUCACUCAGUUAUUGUAUCAGUCAGUCACAAAAAUAUAACAUUCAAAUUGUUUCUGAUAUUCCACACAAAACCUAGAAUUUGAAUAAAAGUUUAUUUUUAUUUUAUAUUUAUAGUUUAAAUUAAAAACAUUAACUAUUUUUUCUUCAAUAAAUACAUUUAUUUGACUAUAAUAAACAUUUAUUAGCUGGCAAUAAUUGUUUAUAUUUUUUUAAAUAUUAAUAUUAUAGAACAGUGUUGUAAUAUUAUAAGUAUGCAUUUCUUUCUUUAAACAGUGUUUAAAAAACUUAUAAAAUGAAAAAAAAAUUUUGUGAUUUACGUCUUAAUAGUAAAAGUUAUAGUUGCUUAUAGUCAUAUUUGUUUAUGUAUUUAUAUGCGAUUAUGUGCAAUUUGCUAAUAUUAUUGAAAUAAACAUGUGAUUUUAAUAAUUCCUUACUAAAAUCUAUCUAAUAUUUUUAUUAUAAUUAUGUAUGAACUUCUAUAUUAUCGAGGUGAAUUUAUAAAAAAAACUAUGAUAUAAAGAAAAAAAUGUAUUUUUAUAAAGUAUAUUAUAUAAGAUCGUUUUUUAGUUAAUACAUUUAAAUUAUUUAAGUUAUGUUUAUACGAUAUGUAGAUAUUCAAAGAUUUGCUAGUUAAAUUAUUUCUAUGUUUAGUAGUACUUAUCAAUUCGAGCAACUUUUUACAAUAAUGACCCGUUAGAUCCAGAUUAACCAACACACGUCUAAAUGCGGUAUUAAAAGUGGCUUCGUAAAAUAAUAUUUCUCCCAAAAUUUCCCAAAACAUCGUCUAAAAAGAAUUAUUAAUUUGUUUUUGUAAUUUAUAUAACGCCUAUUUUUAUACAUAAUUUAUUCAAAUGUUUUUUUUUCAUUUUUUAAUUUACUUGUAAUUGCUGUAUUUGUAAACAUUAAGAAUAAUAUUGAAAAAUGUGUACAAAAUAUUUAUUUUUAGUUAAAUUUUUAUGAGCAGCCCAAAUAGUAAACUAUUUAAUAUAUUUGGCCCACUUGAUACUUUGAGUUUGACAUGCCUGUACUACAGUAAUUAAUAAAUUAAAAUUUAGAAUUUACAUGUGCUAUGAUAUAUUUCCCAAGUAAUCAAAAUAAGUAGUUUAAAAUUUAUUUUUGAUUAUUUAAAAAUAUUUUGUGUAUAUACUAAAAAAUAUUAGAAACAUUUAUAAGUUAUAAGAAUAUUGUUUCAAAUUUAGACACAAUAUAAAAAUAUACAGUUAGUCCGCUAUACAAAAUAAAUUAUACCUAAAUAUGUUUAUUAAAUGAUUUUAACUUGAUCUGCAAUUUAAUGAAACUGUGGUGUAAUAUUAA